AUCGAUUUGCUCAUCGCUUCAUCAUGCCCCAGAAAGAGACAUUUCACCUUCAUCCCUCUGGCUGGGAAAAUGAUCCAGCAGAGGAACGGUUCAAAUUAGGCACACUGGAUUACAUCACCUAUUGCACCUACAGCAACUAUGCCGUCUUUUUCCGUAUGGAAGACGAGGAAAAGAACCACGCAAUCCAGGUAUUGAAAGGAGGACUGGAGCGAACACUCAGCCAGGCACGACAUCUGUGUGGUUCCAUCGAGAAGGAUCCAGCGGGUGGUUAUUGCUUUUCCAAGAAAAGGGACAGCACCGUUCAGUUCGUCGUACAACGACUGGAUGCACCUGGCGAGGACCACCCAUCCUUCUCUGAGAUAGAAAGCGGCCAUUUCCGAACUUCGACAUUGGGCGAUCUUAACCUCUGGUGUGUGUCUCCCAUGACGUUCGGGGUGAAACCCGAAGCGCGACCUGAAAAUAGCCCCGUUGUGGCAGCCUACCAGGCGAAUUUUAUUCGCGGGGGUCUGGUCUUCAUCAUGCAUCACCACCACUACGCCAAUGAUAUGAUGGGCUGGACGGGACUCGCUCAUCAGCUGGCUGAAAACUGCUACGCUAUCACGCACCAGACGCCGUUCCCGUCCUGGGACCCUGCGUGUCUCGAUGUGUCCCGUCUGGUCAAGGGAGAGGAUAUCCCCGAGGAAUCAAAGGUGGAUGGGCCCCCCGUGCCCGAGAGACACCCGGAUCACACCAAGUCAGAGUAUCUACUCUUCCACCUGCCCAAGAGCAAGGCAGCUGAGCUGAAAAAGCUCGCCUACCCAACAGACGGAUCGUGGAUCUCGACCUAUGAUGCUUUCUCCGCAUUCCUCUGGCGCACUAUCACACGCCUGCGAGCCCCAGUCUUCAACCCUGACCUCUCCCAACCUCUCUACUGGUGCCAGGCAGUCGACAUGCGACGACGACUACACAAUCCGCCCAUGCCCCCACGCAUGCAGCACAAUCUCGUGGUAUGCGCAUUUUCCUGGUCCGCGCCCGUCACUCCACCCACCGCCGCCGAAGUGAUAUCGGAAUGGCCAUUGCCCAGACUAGCCAGCUACAUCCGGCAGCUAACGAACAGUGUAACCGAAGAGGAACUAGAUAAAACGAUUGCAAUGGUAGCACCGGUCCGGGACAAGAGUUCCCUGUGUCUGCGCAUGGACGCGUACCCGCCUUUGUCGAUGUUGCAGACGGACCAUCGAGAUGCGAAUAUCACAGAGGCAGAUUUUGGGUUUGGUGUUCCGGUCGCGUAUCGUCAUCCGAUUGCGUGUGUGUCCGAGAAUAGCCUUCUUGUUUAUCCGCCCAGGAAGGCUGAGGGUGAGGAUGAGGGGCCGGAGAUUUUGUUUGCCUAUGAGAAGCAUCUUAAGGAUGCGUUGAUCGAGGAUCCGGAGUGGACGGAGUUUUUUGAAUUUAGGGGGGUUGAUGCGGCUUGAUUAGUUAUCAACAUGCAAAUUAGCAAUACAAUCUCUAGAUGUUACUGCUAGUAUUCUAAAGGAGAGACGUUGGAUAAGAAGAUGGCAAGAUCUCGUCGGCUUCUUGGUCUUGCAGGUGGAGCAGCACCCAUAUUACCGGCGGGAACUUGUAUCAUAUAUAAAGCUACGGCCCAAUCUUCAUGGUAUCAGAAACUAACCACAGGACAGAACUCAACUCAACUCACUAAAACCAUCCCCUCACCCUUUCACAAUGCUCAACACCUCCACAGUACUAAGUACAUAUAUAUACUUAACAUUUAUAAUAAUAAUAAAUAGCAGUGCCUC